AUGGGCUUUAAGUAUAGCGGUAGCUACUGUGGUCGCAACAUUGAGAAGAUCUAUCAAAAGGCGGUGCAGCAUGGCCGGGCGCCGAGUCUCUUUGAGGCCGUGACCACCUUGCAGAAGGCGAGCCACGUCUUGAUCAUCACUGGUUUCUUCGUGCUGCAUCAGAAGGGCGCUGAGGGCCCUCACGGAGACCUGGGUGGCUGCGAGACCGACGGCCCCUUGGGCGCGCUGGCGGUGCUGCGUGCCCUGUGUGCCAGAGGUGUGCGUGCUUCCCUCUUUUGCGACGUUCACAAUGGGCCAGUCAUCAAGAAGGCCUACGACUCCAUGAUGGAGCACUUCCGGGAAGCGGAUGAAGGCUUUUGGUCUCGCUUGCAGAGCCACAGCCGCUGUUUGCCCUUCGUUUCCGCAGAGAAGCCCCUGCCCGAAGCGGCAAAGGCCGAGGUGGGUGACAAAGAAAUGAGCACCUUGGAGGAGCGGAGCUGGUGCCUGUCGGCGCGGCUGGGCGAUGCGUUGCGAGAUGCCUGGGGUGACAAUGCCGGGCGAGUGGAUGCGCUUUUGUCGUUGGAGCGGCUUGGAGCCCCAUAUCGCAACAUUCGAGGCCGAGACAUAGGCCAGCACACGGAGCCCAUCGAUUGCCUUUACCCACUCGUGGAGUGCGGCAUCAAUGAGGAAUGCCGGGCAGCUUUGGCCGAGAUGCCCACCGCCCCUUUCCGGCGCCUGGCGCAUGUGGCAGAGGACGCCAAGACGCUGGGUGUGGGCGAUGGAGGCAACGAGGUUGGCAUGGGACGUGUGGUCUCAGUGCCAGGUUGCUCCGAGCUUCGCCCCGAUGGCGCGGCCUUCGCGCCCUUGGCCAGCAACGGUUGUGUGCGCAGCUGUGACAACGCGGUCUUGGGCACGGUCUCCAACUGGGCAGGCUCUGCCAUCGAAGCUGCCUGCCAUGUGCUUUGGCCCGCUCAGGUCGACUACGUUCCCAAGAUGCGUUCGAUUGGAAGCUCCGUGGAGGAGAACUUGCUUCGAGCCAUCAUGGCGAAGCCCACGGUGGCGGUGGAUGGGUCACACAACGAUCGCGCUAUGUCCGUGGAUGGUAUGAACUUUGAACCUCACCACAGGGAGCUCUACGACUACUUGUGGCACUUGGCCGGCGUGACGGCCGCGGCCACAGCCAAGCGACCGAGGAUCGAGGUGUGA